AUGGGGAUCGACAUUAUUGCAGGCGGCCGUGUGAAGAACAAGGUGCGCACAGCAAAGACCGAGAACCCUUACAUCCUCCUGCUGUGCAAGCUGUACAAGUUCCUUGCUCGCCGGACCGACUCGAAGUUCAACAAGGUGAUCUGCAAGAGGCUCAACAUGUCUGGCCGCAAUCGUCCGCCCCUGUCCCUGUCGAAACUUGCGAAGCAGAUGGCCAACAAAGAGGGCAAGACCGCAGUUGUGGUGGGCACGGUCACCGAUGACAAGCGCUUGUAUGAUGUUCCUUCGAUGUCGGUGUGCGGCCUGCGCUUUACCGAGACCGCCCGUGCUCGCAUCACUAAGGCCGGUGGUGAGUGCAUCACUUUCGACCAGCUGGCCAUGCGCUCCCCAUUGGGCAAGGGCACGGUGCUGCUGCGUGGCCCCGUCAAGGGUCGCGAGGCAGAACGCCACUUCGGCAAGGCGCCGGGCGUGCCGAACAGCAAGACUGCGCCGUACGUUCGCUCAAAGGGCCGCAAGUUCGAGAAGAGCCGCGGCCGCAGGAAGUCCCGUGGCUUCAAGGUGUAA